AGGCUAGCGUGACACAUGUGGGAGAGUGAGAGAGUGACAGGUGUAUGUGAUUCAAACCUGCCGCCUGGACGCAUGCCCCGCCCACCCGUGACGUCGCCAGUGGUUCAAUAUGGCGGUGGCGAAGUGAUCGUAUACCCGACUGUCUCUAUGUUCUAUUCAAAUUUCUCCAGCAUGGCAACUCAAAAGCCUGUAGAAUGGGUAUCAGCGCUUAUAAUAAGAUUCGAAGAACAGUUGCCGUGCCGGACAGGCCCACAGACACAACACUCAAGGUUCAAUGUGGAGCAGAACAAGGAGUGCCUCAUCCAGAUCAGCAGAUACAAAUUUUCACUAGUUAUCUCAGGCCUUUAUAAGAUUCUACAAAAAGUCAACGAAAUGUUUUUUCUGUUCUCAUUCCAGCGGCCGCAUGGCCCAGAUUUUGAGAAAAACUACUACGAGUCGCUACUAAUUGUGUUGGACACUCUAGAGAAGUGUCUGUCCUCCCAGCCCAAAGAUACCACAAGAGAUGAAGCAAUGAAUGUUAAGCUUCUACUGAGGGAGACCUGCCAGUUUAUUGAUUUACCAAAUGAUAAUCCUAUGGUAGUUCAACUCAAGAACUUAGCAUCAAAAGUUCUCUUUGCUCUCAGUGUAAACAACUUUUCUGCUGUCUUCAAUAGAAUAUCAGUCAGGUUACAAGAAUUAAGUACAAGCAAUACAGAUGAAACUCCAGAUUUUACUGAUAUAGAAUUAAUACAACACAUUAAUGUAGAUGUCAUUAGACUCAUCAAACUCUUAAAUGAAACUAUUCAGAAAUUCCGUUGUUUAAGAAAAAAUGCUCAAAUAGUCUUGAUGAACUCGAUGGAAAAAGCAAUAUGGAAUUGGAUGGACACAUACCCGAAUGAGUUUGCCGAUUUGCAGAAACGAAGAAAUGAAGAACUAGCGAAGUGCUGUGAGGUAAUGUUUGAACACCUUGACAGCUUUGCAGAGAACAAUAAGCGGAAAGCAGCUGUUUGGCCUCUGCAGAUUAUGCUUCUAGUCCUCUCGCCAAAAGUAUUAGAAGAAAUUGUGAAUGCAGACGCUGGUGCCCCAUGUUCCCAAAGACAUUUUAAGAAAAAACAAUUUAUCGAUCAAUUAAAGAAGGCCCUGAUACCCCACAACAUCAGUAGACAACUGACAGAGGCAGCAGCUGUAACGUGUGUCAAGUUAUGCAAGAUUGCAACCUAUAUUAAUAUCAACGAUUCUAAUAAUGUAGUCUUUGCUUUAGUGCAAAGUGUUAUUAGUGAACUGAAGAAUCUGCUCUUCAAUGUUGUGAAGCCGUUUUCUAGAGGCCAAAAUUACAUAUGUCAGGAUGUGGAUCUUAUGAUAGAUUGCUUUGUAUCGCUCUUCCGGAUCCUUCCACACAACAACGAGGCUCUUAAAGUUUGUCUUAAUCCUAGCUCCCCCUCAUCAUAUCACUUCGUCUUGGUCAGUUCUCUGUACAGAAUAAUAACGCAAACGCGACUUCACUGGUGGCCUCAGAUUGAUAUUGUAUACAAUAAGUCUAGUGAGCUGAGAUCCAUGUUCACCGAAACCCUUAAUAAAGUGACUCAGGGAUGUAUCUCUCACACCCCAUUAAGGAUGAUUCAGACCUUCACGUUAAAGGAGAAAGUUGUCACAUUAAAAUUUAAGGAAAAGUCGUCAGAGGAGGCGCCAUCAUACAAGAACCUCUUAUUAUGGAUGGUUCGUCUUAUACAUGCUGAUCCAAUGCUUAUGCUUAAUAACCAGGGCAAAGCAGGCCAUGAGAUCCAGAGUUCUACCUUGGAGCUGAUCAAUGGGUUGGUGUCAUUGGUUCAUAACCCAUCCAUGCCAGAUGUAGCUGCUGAGGCUAUGGAGGCGUUGCUUGUCCUUCACCAACCAGAAAAAAUUGAAAUGUGGAACCCAGAAGCACCAAUAAAUACCUUUUGGGAUGUCAGUUCGCAGGUGCUGUUUUCUAUAUCACAAAAGCUUAUACAACAUCAAAUUGUCAACUAUACUGAAAUUCUCAAGUGGCUGCGAGAUAUCCUGGUGUGCCGCAAUGCAUUUCUCCUUCGUCAUAAAGACUAUGCUAACUGUAAUAUUGGUGCUCACAUAGCUAUCUGCAAACAAGCUCAUAUCAAACUUGAGGUUGUAUUUUUAAUGUACCUGUGGAGCAUUGACAUGGAUGCUGUGUUGGUGGCUAUGUCAUGCUUUGCCUUGUUGUGUGAAGAAGCCGACAUCCGUUGCGUGUGGGAUGAGGUGACGGCAACGGUUACCUACCUUCUUCCUAACUACCAUGUAUACCAGGAACUUGCAGCUGCUUCUACUAUUCUCACAACAGCAUCUUUGGAAUCCAGAAUUUUUAGUCAACAACACCAUCAGGGUAGAGCUGCCCUGCAGAAACGUAUCAUGGCUCUGUUACGGAAGAUUGAGAAAUGGACACCAGGUUGCCUUCAGGCAUGGGAAGAUACAUUUAUCAACUGGGAAAAUUCCACAAAGAUGCUAGUAUCAUAUCCAAAAGCCAAACUAGAAGAAGGGCAAAUUUCUGAUAGCUUUCCUCGUUCUGUUUGUAAGAGAAGACCAUCACAUCAAAGCACUGAACAUGAAAUGGAGAUUCAGGAUCAAGUUAAUGAGUGGGCCAAUAUGACUGGGUUUCUGUGUGCAUUGGGUGGAGUUUGUUUACUGGGUAAAUCUCCUUCACGACCUCAGGGAGUUAGCCCCAGCUUGACUGUUGACGUUAGAAAGCCUGCUGUAUUGCCCAGUACCAAUCAGGAUAUGCAGUACUGUCCUGUUACACAGUUUGUUGGCCAUCUUCUCAAGCUUCUGGUUUGUAAUAAUGAAAGGUUUGGAACACAAAUUCAGAAACAUGUAAAAGAGUUAGUGGGGCAUGAGAUGUCCCCGUUACUUUAUCCAAUUCUCUUUGACCAAACUAAAGUCAUAGUUGAUAAGUUCUUCGAUCAACAGGGACAGGUAAUUGUGAGCGAACUUAACACGCAAUUUAUAGAGCACAUAAUAUUCAUAAUGAAGAAUGUAUUAGAGAACAAGACAGAUCAUCCUUCUGAGCAUCUGGGCGUUACAUCUAUUGAACCUAUGAUGUUGGCAAUAGUGAGAUAUGUGCGGCACUUGGAUAUUACUGUCCACACAUUACACAUAAAGACCAAACUUUGCCAGCUCGUGGAAGUAAUGAUGCAAAGAAGAGAUGACCUCGCUUUUCGCCAAGAGAUGAAAUUCCGCAACAAAAUGGUUGACUACCUCACUGACUGGGUUAUGGGCAAUUCUCACCAAAUUGCUCCUCCAGGAACCAUUGAUGUGACAUCUGUGUCCAACAUGUAUAUGCAGUAUGACAUUACGGGAUGCUGUAGAGAUCUAGAUCAAGCAUGCAUGGAGGCAGUGGCUGCCCUUCUUCGAGGCCUUCCACUUCAACCAGAGGAGAGCGACCGUGGUGACCUAAUGGAGGCAAAAUCUCAACUUUUUUUGAAAUACUUUACCCUUUUCAUGAACCUCCUCAAUGACUGCAUGGAGGCUCAAGAAGUGGAAAAAGAUGUAAGCCGCCAACGUGUUCAACCAGGGAAGCUGUCUACAUUACGCAAUGCCACCAUUCAAGCUAUGUCAAAUCUUCUGUCAGCAAAUAUUGACUCUGGCCUCAUGCAUUCCAUAGGACUGGGAUACCAUAAAGACUUACAAACUAGAGCUGCAUUUAUUGAGGUGUUAACAAAGAUCUUGCAACAAGGAACAGAAUUUGAUACAUUAGCAGAGACUGUUCUUGCUGAUCGUUAUGAGCAGCUUGUGCAGCUAGUGACCAUGAUUGGUGAUAAGGGAGAGCUGCCAAUUGCAAUGGCUCUUGCGUCAGUUGUUGUCACACCACAAAUGGAUGAGCUCGCCCGUGUGUUUGUUACCCUGUUUGAUGCCAAGCACCUGCUGUCCCCGCUGCUGUGGAACAUGUUUUACAAGGAGGUCGAGGUCUCUGACUGUAUGCAAACACUUUUCAGAGGCAACUCACUCGGAAGCAAAAUUAUGUCUUUCUGCUUCAAGAUCUAUGGAGCUUCUUAUCUUCAUAAUCUUCUAGAGCCAUUGGUACGGCCAUUGAUGGAUGAUUGUGCUCACUCAUAUGAGGUUGAUCCAGCAAGACUUGAUCCCACGGAGGAUGUUGAAGACAAUCGACGAAAUCUCAUAGCUCUCACUCAGAGGGUGUUUGGUGCUAUUAUUUGUUCGUCAGAUAAAUUUCCUCCACAGCUGCGCAGUAUGUGUCACUGCCUCUACCAAGUUCUAAGUAAGAGGUUUCCACAAUUUCCUCAAAACAAUAUAGGUGCUGUAGGAACAGUAAUUUUUCUGCGCUUCAUCAACCCUGCUAUAGUAUCACCAUGCGAGACAGGUAUCUUGGAUAGGCAACCAAAUCAGCAGAUAAAGCGUGGCUUAAUGCUGAUGUCCAAAAUUCUGCAGAACAUUGCUAACCAUGUGGAGUUCAGUAAAGAGCAGCACAUGCUUCCAUUCAACGACUUUGUGCGGCAACACUUUGAGGGUGCUCGGCGGUUUUUUAUACAAAUAGCAAGUGACUGUGAAAGUGUGGAACAAGCCAGCCACAGCAUCUCUUUCAUCAGUGAUGCUAAUGUUCAUGCCUUACACAGACUACUGUGGAACCAUCAAGAGAAAAUAGGGGAAUACCUGUCAAGUAGUCGGGAUCACAAAGCAGUUGGAAGAAGACCUUUUGAUAAAAUGGCAACCUUGUUGGCAUACCUGGGCCCACCGGAGCACAAACCUAUUGAUUCUCAAUGGAGCAGUAUGGAUAUGACAAGUACAAAAUUUGAAGAGAUUAUGUCAAAACAUAAUAUGCACGAAAAGGAUGAAUUCAAAUCCAUAAAAACAUUAAAUAUUUUUUACCAAGCGGGCACAUCUAAGGCUGGCAACCCAGUGUUUUAUUAUAUUGCAAGAAGAUACAAAAUUGGUGAGACUAAUGGGGAUCUGCUAAUAUACCAUGUGAUCCUUACCCUAAAACCCAUCUGCCGAAAACCGUUUGAGCUGGUGGUAGACUUCACUCACACGUGUGCUGAUAACAGGUUCAGAACAGAAUUUCUUCAAAAGUGGUUUGUUGUCUUACCUGAAGUAGCAUAUGAAAACAUACAUGCAGCCUAUAUCUACAAUGGCAACUCUUGGGUCAGAGAGUACACAAAAUACCAUGACAGAAUUUUAGCACCACUGAAGGGCCAUAAGAAACUGAUCUUCCUUGAUGCUCCUGCAAGACUGAAUGAUUACAUUGAACCUGACCAACAGAAGUUACCUGGAGCAACUACAUCAUUAGAUGAAGACCUCAAAGUCUUCAAUAAUGCUCUUAAAUUGUCACACAAGGAUACAAAGGUUGCUAUCAAGGUUGGACCAUCAGCUAUUCAAGUAACCUCUGCUGAAAAAACAAAGGUGCUUUCUCACUCUGUGUUGCUCAAUGAUGUCUACUAUGCUUCAGAAAUUGAAGAGGUGUGUUUAGUUGAUGAUAACCAGUUUACUUUAACCAUUGCGAAUGAAUCCGGUCCUCUGUCAUUUAUCCAUAAUGACUGUGACAACAUUGUCCAGGCUAUCAUCCACAUUAGGGCCAGAUGGGAACUCUCUCAGCCAGAUUCGGUAACUGUACACCAAAAAAUCCGACCAAAAGAUGUUCCAGGAACGUUAUUAAAUAUGGCUCUCUUGAAUUUGGGUUCCCUUGACCCCAAUCUCAGAACAGCAGCAUACAACCUCCUUUGUGCCCUUACAGCAACUUUUGACCUAAAAAUUGAAGGACAGCUACUGGAAACAUCGGGUCUCUGUAUCCCAUCCAACAAUACCAUUUUCAUCAAGAGUGUUAGUGAAAAACUUGCAGUAAAUGAACCUCACCUAACACUUGAGUUCCUGGAAGAAUGUAUACAGGGCUUCCGGGCCUCAAGUAUUGAGCUCAAGCAUUUGUGUCUUGAGUAUAUGACUCCAUGGCUACCCAAUCUUACAAGGUUUUGUAGCCAUCCAGAUGAUAAAAAGCGAGCUAAGGUUGCCAUGAUUCUUGAUAAACUCAUCACACUAACUAUUGAGGAAGUUGAAAUGUACCCUUCUAUUCAAGCCAAAAUCUGGGGCAACAUUGGUCAAGUAUCGGAGUUGAUCGACAUGGUACUAGACUCGUUCAUCAAACGGUCGGUUACUGGUGGCUUGGGGUCUGGGCAGGCAGAGAUCAUGGCUGAUACUGCUGUGGCAUUGGCUUCUGCUAAUGUUGCAUCAGUAGCAAGAAAAGUUAUAGGCCGCCUCUGUAGGGUGAUAGACAAGACAUGCACAUCUCCAACGCCAACCUUGGAGCAGCAUCUGAUGUGGGAUGACAUAGCCAUUUUGGCAAGAUACUUACUCAUGCUGUCCUUCAACAACUGCCUUGAUGUAGCGCGCCAUCUACCGUACCUGUUUCAUAUUAUUACAUUCUUGGUGUGCACUGGGCCAGUCUCGAUGAGAGCAUCUACACAUGGCCUUGUCAUCAAUAUCAUUCACUCACUUUGUACCUGCACUAAACCCUCUUUUUUAGAGGAAACUCAGCGUGUGUUACGGCUGUCUUUAGAUGAAUUUUCUCUGCCUAAAUUUUAUCUACUCUUUGGAAUAAGCAAGGUGAAGUCUGCAGCUGUCACUGCAUUUAGAUCUUCAUAUAGACACACAGGCGAGCGAGGACUCAGGUUUCCGUUCAACAUCUCGAGAACACCUCAUCAUAUAGACUUGAAACCGACAACACUUAUAUUUGGUACAGACCGUAGUCUCUCGUGUAACAUGGGCGACCGUGAGAGAUUGUCCCUCACCUCACUGGAGACCAUUACGGAUGCACUGCUUGAGAUGAUGGAGGCUUGUAUGCGUGAUAUUCCAGAUUGUGACUGGCUACAAGCAUGGACAGGUCUUGCUAAGAGUUUUGCAUUCCAGUAUAAUCCAGCUCUCCAACCCAGGGCCCUCAUUGUCUUUGGUUGUAUAAGUAAAAGUAUAGUUGACCAGGACAUCAAACAAUUGUUGCGAAUCUUGGUCAAGGCCUUGGAAAGCUUUCAAGACAUUACGCUUAUAGACUCAAUAAUUAUGUGCCUCACACGGCUUCAACCUCUACUCAGACCGGAGUCUGCAAUUCAUCAAGCUCUGUUUUGGGUAGGUGUGUCAGUGCUGCAGCUGGAUGAGGUGGCCCUCUAUGCGUCUGGCCUGGCUCUGCUGGAACAGAACCUCCACACACUAGAUUCUCAGGGAAGCUUUGAUAAUAAUACUCUGGAGCAGGUCAUGAUGUCAACAAGAGAGUCUCUUGAAUGGUUUUUUAAGCAGUUGGAUCAUUCUGUGGGACUCAGUUUUAAGGGUAACUUCCAUUUUGCAUUGGUGGGUCACUUGUUAAAAGGCCUUCGGCACCCAGCACCAACAACUGUGUCCCGCACUUCAAGAGUGUUGAUCACACUUCUCUCCAUUGUUGCUAAACCACAUAAGAGAGACAAAUUUGAGGUAACACCAGAGAAUGUGGCGUAUCUUGCUGCCCUUGUGUCAGUAUCCGAAGAAGUUAGAUCAAGAUGUCAUCUGAGAUAUUCGGUAGCACGCAGUCUCUCCAAAUCGGCAUCAUCAGACACAUUCACAGUUGGCCUUCACCUAAAUCUUCCACCAACAUCAAGCCAAGUCAGUGGGAUAACAAGUAACCCACAGGGAUGUUCACAACAAACCUCUGGAGGAGCCUCUUCCCCCAGUAAUCACAUACCAUCUCCUGGCUCAUCUUUUCCAACCAAUGGAAGUUUUACAAAUAUACCUCAGGCCACUUCUUCGAAUGCAAGCACAGUUACUUUGGCAUCACUGUGUAGCACAGCAACCACUGGGGCAGGUAGCAUAGGUAACAGUGGUGGCAGUAAUGGUGUGGGCAGUGCCACUGCCAAUGCUGCCACUGUAUCAUCUGCAGUCACAAGCAUAAGCAGUGGUGUUAUUAGUGGUGGUGGAACCCCACUGUCAGUGGGGACCCCAGCUGAUGUACGACUCCCUCCGACCAUUACUAAAGAUCCACCUCCACUGUCCUCUUCAUCUGUAGUUCCUGCAAAUAGAAGACAGAAACCCUGGGAUUCAGUGGACCAAAUUUGUAUAUCUCAGGGUACGAUGGGUAUGCUAGGACCGCAGGGCACGAUGCAGAAGCAGGGGAGUGCCCAACAGCUGGUGAGCAGAGCAGACCCCAAGACAUGGCACUCCCUUGACCUUGACCCCCAUAACAUGCGACCACCACCAUUUAAAACUCAAAGGUCUUCCUCGAUGCCCACACCUAAGGGUGACAUGUCUCCCCCUCCUAAGGAACGUGGUGCCAGAGUCUCGGUCAGCAACGAAAACAACAUCCUGUUAGAUCCCGAGGUACUGACGGAAUUUUCUACUCAAGCCCUUGUUCUAACAGUCCUGGCAACUCUUGUAAAGUAUACUACAGACGAGAACGAGAUGAGAGUCUUGUACGAGUACUUGGCUGAGGCUUCGGUUGUCUUCCCCAAGGUCUUCCCUGUUAUCCAUUCAUUACUGGAUGCCAAGAUAACAUCUGUACUAUCCUUAUGUCAUGAUGGUGUGAUUCUCAGUGCAGUUCAGUCCAUCAUCCAGAAUAUGGUAGCAUGUGAGGAACAAGGACACCAGCAGUUGCACCACCUUCAGAGUUGGGGUUUUGGAGGGCUCUGGAGAUUUGCUGGACCAUUUACAAAGAGUAACUGUACAGCAGAAAAUGCAGAGUUAUUUGUAAACUGCUUAGAAGCAAUGGUAGAGACAGCAUUGCCUGCAGAUGGGGACGACACUUCUGAAAUGGAGCUGGCGCAGUACCCAUCUAUGUUGUCUGUAGCGUCGGUGAACCUCUCUUCAUCCAUGUCUUCUCUCACUCUAGCUUCGCCUACAGAAAAGGAAGUUGAUGGGAGUGAGGGAGUUGGUGCCCCACACAACCUUCCUGCACACCCGGCUUGUUCUCGACCCAAGCCAGCACUACCCAACUUGAUUGCCAAGCAGCGCUCCUUCCGUUGCAAACUGUCCAACAAGAGCAAGUAGUUGUAAAAAGUUGUACCUCAACUUAAUCCCACAGAUGAGUCAUUUGGCUUAACUCUGAGAUCUUCUUUUAUCUGACAUUGAAAAAACACUUGUUGAUAUUAAGAUAAAUAGGGGAUAGGGAUUUAGAAAUGGCAGCUUCUUGUUCCUCUUACAUGUGGUGGAUGAUAAAGCCCCGUGGUUAGCAGCUGUGUAAUUAUAUCAUUAAUAUUCAGUAUUUCAGUUUUAAUGAAAAAAAAUGACAAAUUGCAUGCUGCAAUCUAGGGAUGCUUUAAGGAAGGCAGCUUACUAGUUAAAUAAUCUUUUUUAAAUUGUUACAAUUGGCUCCCAGAGCUUUCCAGUAUUCAGAAACCAUUAAUGUGCUGCUGUAGAUAAUUGGGCAUAUUUUUGGGUUAAGUGAGAAAUAAGGAGUCACGACAAAUAAUCAUAGUACUCUACUGUAAUUAUAAUGCGAUGGAUGUUAUAACUUGUUGUACAACUAAGUAUACAUCUGUCUAUUACAUGCUGGCUUGGGAUAAUGUGAUAUUUUCUUCAUUCAUGGCCAAAGGUAUACUAGAUUGUAAGUAAAUCUAGUUUAUAUAAGUUAUUUUGGAUGUUUGUUAAGUGUUGAGCUUCCUUACCAGUGGUAUGUGAGCCUAAGAAGAGGCUACCUUUAUCAACAUUACAUUGUCACACAUUGCUUAUUUAUUCCAAGUUAUGUUUGGCAACUACUGUUGGGUGUCAUUGUGUGACUGCUAAGUUAAUUGUCAUGAAUAUUAUUCUCUUUCUGACCUUGAAAGAAAGAGUUGCUUUUGUGUACUAGGUACAUGAGUUCUGUAAAUAUAGCUUGCAGCUGAGGAAGGAAAUCCUCACUACUUUUGAAAUGUAACUACUUGUGACCUGUUAGUUGUUCUCUGCGGAUUGGGUUUAACCACCCAGGACAAGGGUAUUCAGUGAUAACUUAGAUAAAGCAUGCAAUGAGUUAAUAAGAAAAACAAUCAGUAUUGUAUUUUUUGUCAGACAAGUGAACUUUUGUAAAACCACUAGAAGUGUACAUGUUAGUGUAAUUGGAGGAAUGAAUGAUUAUGGGAUAAAUGGAAGACUAUAUAUGUAGUGAUUGACUAUAAACAGCUUCAGCCCAAGUUGAAUUUGUGGCAUGUUACAGCUUUUAAUGUUCAUCAGGUAAAUGUGUUUUAAGACGUGAUGUCUGGUGCAUAACCUCAGAUGGUUUGACAUGAAUGUCCUAUUUUCAUGUCAGUCUGCUUAUAAGGCUCAUGUUAGCCUUGAAGCUGAUAGUAAUGAGCCUUAACAAGAUUUUAUUUUGCAAAGGUCAUAAAUGCCUAUUUUUCUUUUUGCAUUUGAAAACAGUAUUUAACAAGACCUCCCGUGAUAUCAAAGAAACCUGGUUGUCACGUUGGGCUAAUAUUAAGCUCUUUAUUUCCCAGUACUUUUCUGCCUUCAUUAUUGUCACUUUUCAUUUGUGCAGCUUUUGCUACUGAUUAUCCAAGUGAAAGCCAAUGAAUGAACCCAUACAGUGCAUGUUCCUCUAUUUUAGAUUAAUGUCUUGUGUACCAAAUCCAUUGUCUGUUAAGUGCUAGGAAGAUACACAUUUUGCAGCUGAUCUGUCAAGUGAAAUAACUUCUUAAUUGCACAAUAUUUAUUACAGUAACUUUAUUUGCAGUUUUUGAUGCUCUUUGAAAAUUCCAAGCUCUGAAUUAUGAUCUGUGAGAAUAAAUAUUAAAUUAUACUAUAGUGUGAUGCAUUGCAAUAAUUUACUCAUUUGGAUUGGACAUAGUUUGUGUACCGUGUAAGGCAUUCUUAGGUCAAAAGGGCACCAAUACAUGCACCUCAUCAUUCACCAGUUAACAUUUCAUCUUUGACAUACCUGCUCCAUAAAUUAACUUAUACAUAAUCAUAUGAUGAACUUGCAUAUAUUAGUCUCUUCAGGUUGUUUUCCUAACAGUUUCCUUAACAUUAUUACUCCUUUAUAAAAAUGAGAUAGCUUUAAUUGACAAGGAUGUCAUUGAUUUUAAAUAAGUUUCAUACAUCCUCUAUCACUAGCCAUUUGAUGUCUUGUACCCUAUACUAUUAACUGGUACAAAGGCAGUGUUCAUUAGCACUUUCACAUGCCUCACAGCUAACAGUCCGCCCCUCUCAGGGCUCGGCUCAGCAAUACAUAAUAUGUUUGUACUAUCUUUUUUUUUUCUGGGAGGGUUCCAGGGUGGCUUCCUGUUGCUAACUGCUGUUGGUUAUCCUAUUAAAUUGCACCUGGCCCUUACAAGUUAUUAAUAUCCUAGUGGUGACCGAAGGUCAAAACCUGGUUACCCCACAAGAGCAGAGAACAAAGAAUACUAGAUCACUUUGAGUAUAUAGCCACCAAAAAGGCAGAGUAAGGCAAAAAAGAAAAUAAUCAGGAAACAGGAGACCCAGUAGUCACAUUAUUUCACCACUAGUUCCACCUCCCCACCAUAAGAUGGCAGCACCAGGAAAUAUACCCCCCUCUACAGUGUACCCCCCCCCCCUCCCCCUCAGUCAUUCACCUGGUGCUACCUUAUGUAGUGCUUCAUCUGUCACCUUUCCUUAAAGGGUCUCUCUCUGUCCAGACAAGUGCUGGCCAUUCUUUAAACUGUCCCAUGGGGCUAUUUGCUAGUGUAUUGUUCUACUUUUAGUAUUUGCUUCAUGAGCAUGUUUACCAGCCUCACGUGUUGUGUGGACUCUGCAAAAUUGUUCUCCUCAAGCUGCCCGAGCAAUGAAACGACCUAACUACUGUGUUUUGUUUUUGUUUAUUUUGCUCAACCCAUUCUCCUGUUUAGAUAGUACCUAUUGUGACGAUUGUCAAUAGUCGCAAAUUCGUACAUACUUAGCUUUUAGAUAGUAGUAUACUGACUAGUAAGGAAUUCCUUUUAAAAUAAUGAAGUUAGAAAACAAACUUAAAUAUUCCUAGGCCUAGUAUAACACACACAUGUACUAUAUUAGGCCUGAGAUAUCGUGUAUUAGGCCUACGAAGGUUAGAUUAGUUUGUCAAAGCAACACAAGUAAAAAAUAGUUUUCCAGUUUGUCCAACCCAAUAGUUCAGAUUUCUACUUUCUAAUUUCGUUGUACGUCGGUAUAUAGACUAUAGUCCUCGUCGUUACUAUAAGUACUACCAAAAUAGGAGGAUGGGCUAAUUUUGCCUUGCUGAUGUCUGUUUUGUCUCACGCUAUCUUUUUGUGGCAAUUUCCUUAGCUAGAGUGAUCUAGUAUCCUCUGCUCUCAGCACCUCUGAGGACACAAGAUUUUGACCUCUAGUCUCCGGUUGAUUAUUAAUGACUCGCAAGAGCCUGGUGUGAUUUGAUAGAUGUGUAGCUAUCAAGAGUUGCUAGCACAGAGACCUUGGACCCACGAGAAAGAGGUGUUUCAUUACAUUCAAUGCUGUUGUUUUAAGAUUUCACUCUUUUUUUAUAUAUAUAUAUAUAUAUAAUUAUGAAUUUUGUGUAAAAUGUUCAGAAAUGAAUGCUCUAGAGUACUGUAUAGAUGAAUAAAAAAAAUGGUAUAUGCAUUAUAGUUUAUGCAUGGUGUUGCUAUGUAUAUGAAAGUUUAUAUAUAUUUAACCAUUCCUCAUUUAUAAUUUGUAAUAAAAUAAAUAUGGAUAUGUUCGCAAAUGAUCGACUUAUAUUGCUGUAAACCAAAAAGAAAGAGUACGUGUAUAAUUUUUCAUCAAGGAUAUUUGUAAAAUGACAAGCAAAUACAUACGAGCAGAGUGAUUAUUGUCUUGAGUGAAGAGGGGGAUUGGCUGGAUGUUCCCCUCAAUACAUUGGUUGGUCACCUGCUAGGUCUGACCACAUGGUGCUUAUGUAUGUUAAGAGUUUUCUCAUGAAAGUAAAAAUAGAAUGGUCAAGGAAGUGAUUUUCACAAAUUCCGAAACUUAUUGACGCAAUUUAACAUCUGGAUUGCUUACAGAUACUGUACUAAAAUGUGUCAUUGUCACACAAAAUUGUUAAACAGUAUAAGGGAUAUGAACUGAACUAAAUUCUGUGUAUUUUUCCUGUAAUUUAUUAUAAUAUUUGAGAAAAUAAUAUAUAAAUUUUUUUAGAGAUAGACAUUGAUAAUAAUGAGCAUUUUUCAUUAUGACAGCAUUUUACUGGACUGUAGAAAUGGUUAGUUACUGUAUCCUAAUUGUUCUGCCCACUUACUCCCUUAACAUGUAGUACAGUAUAGUGCAGCACAUCAUGUCUUACAGCACCACCAUGUGUCCCCAUCAUGUCAUGUGGCACCACCGAGUCCCAAUAAUAUCAUGUAUAUUACCAUGUGUCGCCAUCCUAUCACACAACACUAUUGAAUCCCUAUCAUGUCAUGUGGCCCUUUUGUGUUGCCAUCGUGACAUGUGGCACUACUAUGUCCCCCCAUUGGGUCAUGUGGCACCACCACGUGUCAUGUUAUAUGUCACUUGACUGUGUCCCCCAUCUUCUCAUGUGGCACCACUACAUGUCUCCAUCAUAUAAUGUGAUAACAUGUGUCCCUAUCAUAGCUUCUCACCACCAUGUGUCCCUAUCAUGGCUUCUCACCACCAUGUGUUCCUAUCAUGCCUUCUCCACCAUGUGUCCCUAUCAUGCCUUCUCUCAUCAUGUGUCCCUAUCAUGCCUUCACCAUGUGUCCCUAUCAUGCCUUCUCCACCAUGUGUCCCUAUCAUGCCUUCUCUUUCUCACCACCAUGUGUCCCUAUCAAGCCUUCUCUCUCACUACCAUGUGUCCCUGUCAUGCCUUCUCUCUCACCACCAUGUGUCCCUAUCAUGCCUUCUCUCUCUCUCCACCAUGUGUCCCUAUCAUGCCUUCUCUCUCACCACCAUGUGUCCCUAUCAUGCCUUCUCUCUCUCCACCAUGUGUCCCUAUCAUGCCUUCUCUCUCUCUCCACCAUGUGUCCCUAUCAUGCCUUCUCUCUCCCCACCAAGUGUCCCAAUCAUGCCUUCUCACCACAGUAUCCCCCACUCAAGCAUCCCCAUCACCAUGUGUCCCUAUAAUGCCUUAUCCCACCAUGUAUCCCUAUCAUGCUUACUCACCACCGUGUGUCCCUACCCUGCCUUAUCUCACCACAAUAUAUGCCUGUCAGGCCUUUAUUACCACUGUGUCCCAGUCAUGUCACAGGAUAAUUCCCACCUCCCAUAUCAAGAUUUUCACAGAUCCUUGAAGAUUUCUUAUAUUUGUGUUAUAAUUUGUAAAACCUUGAAAAGUCUAAAAUUUACUCUGCUGAUAGCAGGAAUCAUGCAUGUUACUCAUGCCUAUGAACACUAGUAUUACCAUCUUACAUGUGUCUAUCAUGCCUUAAAAUACCCCAAUUCCUCUUUGAAGCUCACUUUGACAAAGGAAUAUUAAUUUAAAGAGGGUUUUGUGAAGUAACGGUAUGACUUAUCGCUGAUAUAAACUGGCAACUUAUUUUUCGUGUUCUUCUCUUCCCUAAUUCAUUAUCAAAUCAGUUCACUCUAAAUAUACUUGUACCUACCUGUACAUCUAAAUUAAGGGUGCCUAUUAUAAUUUAUUCUUCAUUAGUAAACAUAUCUGUCUU